AAUAUACAUAUUUUUCACAGUUUAAAUUUUCAGUGUUAAAAAAUUCAGCAUAUAAAAAAUUUCAACUUUUCAAAAUUCGAAUGCAAUAUUUUCAGUGUCCUCCAAUUCAACUUGCUCAAAUUCGCUGUCUCAAAUUCAACGUCUAAAAAUUCGCUGUAAAAAUGGCGAGGUUACUUCAGGUCACAGACAUUAGCAAUGGAUGUCAGAUUCCAGGACCCAGCUAAUCACGUGACACAACCGUCAUCUUGAAGAAAUACCAGCGUCACCGAGGCUGGCGACCAUGGAGGCGAACGCAAACCCAACGGAACUUUUGCUGGAUCACAUUUUUGAUAGACUCCGUGAUCGUUUGGAGCAUGUUCUUGAACGUAUGCCCCUGGAUCUGGAUUUCCUGGACUUUAUCUGCACUCAAGAACUAGUUUUUUUAAAUGCCAUGUCUUGUCAGAUAGAUGUUCCUUCAAAUAUUUUGGAUGCGCUGGCUCAUUUGCACAGACUAAUUAAUUUAGAAAAACAAAGUGAAGAACAACAAACAACUGUUGUGCAUAUUGAGCAAGGACCAGCUGGGCGACAACGGAUGGUCAUAUCCUCAGACUACCUUUGCAGUCUUUUAGAACUCCAUCUCCCUGUCCCAUGCAUCGCCAAACUCUUGGGUAUAUCUAGACGGACUGUAUAUCGACGGAUGGCAGAAUCUGGUCUUUCAGUGAGGGCAUUAUACACCACCAUGUCAGAUGAUGACUUAGACCAAUGUGUGAGAGACAUUAAAUCCAGGCAGCCUCACUCAGGGUACCGAAUGGUAAAGGCCCUUCUGCAAGCCAGAGGACUGAGGGUGCAGUAUGAUAGAGUCAGAGCGUCCAUGCAUCGUGUAGACACCAUUGGAAUGGCAUCACGUAUGGUCCAGCUAGGAUGCAUAGCUCGACGGACGUACUCAGUUCCUGGCCCUCAGUCUUUGAUGCACAUUGACACCAACCACAAAUUAAUACGGUACAACAUUGUUAUCUUUGGUGGCAUUGAUGGUUUUUCUCGAAAGAUAAUGUAUCUUGGUACAGCUCCCAACAACCUGGCAUCUACCACACUCGCUUUCUUUCAAGGUUCAGUGGAGGAGUUUGGUUUCCCCCUCAGGGUACGUGCUGAUCAAGGGGUGGAAAAUGUGGACGUGGCACGACUUAUGUUUAUGAUUCGUGGAACAGGAAGAAGCAGUUUCAUAUCUGGAAAAAGUGUGCACAAUCAAAGGAUUGAGCGACUGUGGAGAGAUCUGUGGACAGCUGUAACGUGCAUCUAUUAUGAUGUGCUACACUACCUUGAAGAAGAGGGAUACCUGGACAUUUCAAAUGAAGCACACCUCUUCUGUUGCCAUUAUGUCUUCCUGCCACGUCUGCAGGAUGAUCUGGAUACUUUCCGCAGUGGCUGGGACAAUCACCCACUUCGAACUGAAAGCAACAUGACUCCUAACCAGCUCUGGGUUCUUGGUCGUACACAUCAUCCAAUUCCUGAACCCCACGGUGCCUUGACAGAGGGUGUACAGAUUCCCGAAAUUGAAUGGGAGGACAGCGGGCUUUCUCUUCACGAAGAGUCAAAUGUCACAGUACCAAACUCUAAUUUGCAACUGACUGACGAACAAAUGGCAGCCUUAAGAAAUGCAGUAAACCCAAAAGCCACAUCACUGUCAUCUGGAUGUGACAUUUAUAUUGCUGCAAUUCAGUUUUGCGAGCAGUUUUUUACUAUGUGAAAGUUAUCCAUUUUACGGAAGCGUAUUGCUAUCACGCAGGGAAAAAAAUUCGAGCUAUCACAUUGAGACGUGAUAGUUAUCUUGUUAAAACGUGAUAAUUUUAUGUCCAGGAAGUGGCGGUAUUAUGCUAGGCUAGUACAGUGGCUAACAGGACUUGGUCAAGUUUCCCUUCAUAAUAGCAUAAUACCGCCACUUCCUGGACAUAAAAUUAUCACGUUUAUACAAGAUGCGUAUUAUGUUUUAACAAGAUAACUAUCACGUUUUAAUAAGAUACGUAUGACAUUAUAACGUGAUAGCGCUUGAUUUUUUCCCCCUGGAUUAUAGCAAUAAGCUUCCGUACCAGUUUCAAAAUUCACCAUUUAUGAAAGGUAAAGCAAAAUGCUGAUCAUGUUACCACAAAGGUGAAUUUUAGUGUCUUUAUGUUUAAGAACAUGUUUAAGAACUAAAAUGUUCUAAAUUUGUAAUUUGAUUGUUUUUUCUUUACUCAAAAGGAACCUAGUAGGUACAUUUGUACAUUGUUGUAGGACUUUAAAUUUCUUGCAUUAUAAGAAUCAGAAAAAGCUUUGUUUGUCUUAUGCAAUUUAUUUUCUAAUACUUCAAGCAUAUAUGAACUCAUCUAAGUACAAUCAAUAAAAUUUUGCAUAAAAAAC